AUGGACGAGCAGUCUUCCACGUCGGGUGGGCCGCAGGAGGGCGGGGAUGUUGACCUGCGGCAGAAUCAGGGGAAUGUGCUGUUUGUCGGCAACCUUCCCUUUCAGACCCCGUGGCAGCACGUGAAGGACCACUUCAGGAAGGCUGGAAAGGUGCGCUACACCGAUCUCAUUGCGGAUCGCAUGGGCCGGCCGAAGGGGUCCGCCUUGGUGACGAUGGUUGCUGCAGAGGGGGCGCAGCGGGCGAUUCGCAUGUACAACGAAACGGACUUUGAGGGACGACGACUCAUUGUUCGCCUCUUUGAUGACGGUCCCCGUCCACCGAUUGUGCAGCGUGGCAUGAUGCCGCAGUACGACCGUCACGCCCAACAGCAACAGAAUCAGCAGCAGCAGCAGCAGCAACAACAACAGCAGCAGCAGCAACAACAGGCGACACGCUUCCGCGGCUACGCCAGCGCGGCGGCUGGCGGUUCAAACUACAACAGCGCAAACAACUUUGGUCGUGGCACGGAGUACAUGGGUCGUGUCGGCUAUACGAUGGAGGAGGAUGUUAAUGCUGCGAACAUGAAUGAUAUGAGUGAGGUAGUGCCCAAGCCACGCAGUCAGCAGGUGAAUGAGUUUGGACGAAAACUCUUUGUUUCAAAUUUACCAUUUGACUGCACAAGCAGUGCGCUGCGAGAGACAUUUCAGCAGGUGGGCAACGUGGAGCGGGCGGAGGUCAUCAUGGGGCGGAAUGGAAAGAGCAGAGGAAUGGGCAUUGUCGUGAUGAGGACGGAAAAGGAGACGCGCGUGGCUAUAGAGGAAUUUGACGGUAUUGAGAUGGCCAACAGGGCGAUGAGUGUCCGUCUGGACAGCAAAACCACGGCGUAA